AUGAACAAGGAUUUGUUUCUGCGUAUUGUUCACCGCCUCUCCUAUGAAGUUCCGUAUUUUCAACAAAGAAGAAAUGCUAUCGGGAGAUUAGGUCUGUCUGCUCUACAAAAGUGUACGGCGGCAAUUCGUAUGAUGGCAUAUGGUACAGCAGCUGAUGCAGUUGACGAAUAUCUCCGGCUCGGAACUAGUACAGCAUUGUUAUGCUUUAGGAAUUUCACUGAGGAAAUAAUAUCCUUAUUUGGAGAUGAGUAUCUAAGAAGACUUACCCCUGAUAAUCUUGAACGCUUACUAAACCAAGGAGAGGAACGGGGAUUUCCCGGGAUGAUUGGAAGCAUCGAUUGUAUGCAUUGGGAGUGGAAGAAUUGCCCAACCGCAUGGAGAGGUCAAUAUACACGCGGAUCAGGAAAAUUUGACUUUCGUUUUAGAGGCAGUAACAUCACAAGAUCUUUGGAUAUGGCACGCAUUUUUGGACCUCCAGGUACAUUAAAUGAUGUUAACGUUCUUGAUCGAUCACCAGUUUUUGAUGACAUCUUGCAAGGUUGA